AUGGUGAUAGAUGACAAGCGACCAGCAACUGCACUUCACCGUGUUCUCGAAAAGGUUGUUUCUAUAUCCGGAUUUGGAGCAUCUGCUAGUACACAACUGCACAAUGACAACACCGUCACCGAUGAUCAUUCAGCAAAGCUCUCAAGAUCAUCGGCACACAAGAUACAUCAGAAAUUAAGUAAGCUCAUAAAGUUUAACGUAAAGACAAAGAAGUUGGAGCAAGAAAUUCUAGGUGACACCAAUCUUUGGGCUGAUUCGAUCCCUACGCAAGAAUGUUCACUGAUUAUUAAAGAUUUCAAUUUUAUCUUUUCAGCCCAGACUUGUGCAAGUGCUCAAUUGAAUGAAAAAUUAGAGAAAAUAAAGUUGAGUUUAUCCUUUGUUAAUGAGCGUGAAAAGAAACAGAAGGAGUUGCUCUACUCAAAAAUCAAAUUGGAGAAGCAGUUGAAAGAGAAUAAGGCCAGAGUCGGACCUAAAGCCUCGUCAACAGUAUUGAUUCUUGAAAAAUUGGAGGAGGUGGAUUGCAGCUUACAAGUAGUUGAACAGCAAUUUGUGCGGUCAAUCUCCAAUGACUUGAAAGAAAGCAUUAUUGAUUACAUAUACACAUUGCAUUCUACAUCACGUAAAUUGAAUGAUGUAUGCGAGGAUUUUAUUGAGUGUAUGAACUCUUUGGAACAGGGCCAGUCCAUGAAUGGGAUAGAACAAGGCAAUAUAACCAAUGGGUUGAACCAUUUGUUGAGAGAUGGCGAACUUGGGAAAUCAUCACCAACGAGAUUAGCAAAAUUGGCAUUAAAGAGAAAAUCUGCUCACUACCAACAACCUUAUAGUGACAAUGAUCAAAUCAAGUUGAAAAAUUACGAUAUGCCUACACCGCAAUCGUCGUGCGCUGCUGAAUGCAAAAAAGUACCAUGUAUACAUAUCGAUCAAGAAAACAAUACUCAGCCACUAAAGUCCACUAACAACAUUGUCCCAGCUCCAUCACUCCCUUCACAAGAGCAAAUCCCCACUACCAAACGUAUAUAUUCCAAGAUCUACCCACCUCAAGCACAAACAGAUUUGCCUUUCGGAGAUGUGUUCCGCAAUGAUCCCCUUAGGGACAAUUCAAUUCUUGAUGACCAUUGGAGUUGA